AUGGCAGAUCAACUCACCGAGGAGCAAAUUGCUGAAUUCAAAGAGGCGUUCUCGCUGUUCGACAAAGACGGUGAUGGAACGAUCACCACGAAGGAAUUGGGAACCGUCAUGAGAUCGCUAGGACAAAACCCUACGGAAGCUGAGUUGCAAGACAUGAUUAAUGAGGUGGACGCGGACGGAAACGGAACAAUCGAUUUCCCCGAGUUCCUCACGAUGAUGGCUCGUAAGAUGAAGGAUACUGAUUCGGAGGAAGAGAUUCGCGAAGCCUUCAGGGUUUUCGACAAGGACGGCAACGGUUUCAUCUCAGCGGCCGAGUUGCGCCACGUGAUGACCAACCUUGGUGAAAAACUCACCGACGAGGAAGUUGAUGAGAUGAUUCGUGAGGCUGACAUUGAUGGAGAUGGCCAAGUCAACUAUGAAGAGUUCGUGACGAUGAUGACAACAAAG